AUGGACCUGGCGCUGCAGCAACGGGAUGAGGUCGACCACAACACCGAGCUGACGCAUGCCAAAUCCGACACGAGACCCGCCGCCGCCGCCGCCGCCGCCAACCAAGACGACAACGACCACCGGGAGACGACGCCCAAGAUGUUGGCCCACGAUUCCAUGGUCACUGUCAGGCUUUCCGAGCCGCCUACUCUGACCCUCGACACCAAUGUUGGCCCCGAUUCACCCCCGAGGAGAAGACCUAGUACCGUCAAGAUUGAAAAGCUUCCCUUCCCGACAGAGACGCUAGAGGCCAAGGCCCAGGAUCAGCCAGAGGACGAGACCGACGACACGCCACCGAGUGACCCUACGACACCGUUACCCGUUACGACCGCUACUCGAAAUCUCCAAGACGAGCUCGUGGACUGCGAGGACGAAGCUGAAGAAGAGGGAGACCGUAUCACUUCACUCCCAGCUAGGGGAACCCUACUCGAGACGCCCAUAGAAUUCAAGAGGCCCGUGGUGGACGAAGAGGGAGAAGAAGAGGACGAGGAAGAAGUCAACUGGGACGAACUGCAGAAAUCCGAAGCACAAGAACCUAGGGACGCGGAUACAGACAGAUCUACAGCCAUGUUGCUGGCUAUGCUAGAGCAGGAGAACGAUAAGCUAGCGACGAACCCCAAGACCAUCAAAGUUCAAGCCGUGGAGCAAGUCGCCGCUUCCAAUCGCCCGAGACCGCCAUCAAUGGCACAAUUACGACACAUGGUCCACGGGCCAACACCACCGGCCUUGCGAUACUCGAUGCUCCCCCCGCCACCAAUGACCGAUCUCGAGUUUUACGCCGCAUUGGUCAAGGAUUAUCAACAGACGGCAGCUCGAUUGCCAACGCUUCUGUCGAACAAGAUACGCAAAGGCAUCCCUCCUCCGCUACGAGGCGUCGUAUGGCAAAGCAUGGCGGGCGCAAGAGAUUCCGCACUCGAGGAACAGUACGAGCGAUUCACGGGCGAGUCGAGUCCUUACGAGCCCAUUAUCGGCAAAGACCUUGGUCGGAGUUUCCCUGGAGUUGACAUGUUUCGCGACCCCGAGGGUGAUGGACAACGCAUGCUCGGCCGGGUGCUCAAAUGCUUCAGUCUCUACGAUACGAAAAUUGACCUGUCAGGGCUGCAUGUCCGCAUCUACCAAUUUCGAGAGCUUCUUCGAGAGCACAUGACACCAGUAUCGAACCAUCUGGAGGAACUGCAAGUCGAUCCGGCGUACGUUUCACAAUGGUUCCUCAGCUUUUUUGCUGUUACAUGUCCCCUGCCGAUGCUGUUUCGCAUCUACGAUGUCAUCUUUGCCGAGGGGGCCCCGGAGACCCUGAUGCGGGUCGCCCUAUCCCUGAUGCAGAAGAAUCAGGCCCGGAUUUUAGCGUGCACCGAGCUUGAGGAUGUCAUGCAACUUCUCCUUUCGAGGGGUCUGUGGGAUUGCUACCAUUACAACGCAGAUGAAUUUGUGCAGGACUUUGUCAGUUUAUCGGGCGUUGUCACCAGAGAGACAUUGCUACAGUUGGAGCAGGGGUACAGAGACGCGCAAAUUGCUAGCGCUAAUGCGGCGCGUUCCUCCGACGUGACCACUGCAGCCUCCCGAUUCCUCGGCCGCAUUUGGGCUUCCUCCACCAUCAUCUCCCCGAAGUCCUCCUCCACCCUCAGCCCGGGCCUCACCGCUCCGUCACGGCCUUUGAGCAUGCUGCGCAGGAGCACAUCGAAGCAGAGCCUGGCCUCCACCCUCAAUUCGAUGGAAGCCAGCUCCGUCAGCGUUCUCAGUUCUGCAUCCACCGAAGCCACCACCGUCUCCCGAGAUUCAUCAAACACAGACAGCGCAUCCAUCCGCGAAUCGACCCCCAUCCCUAGCGGCGGCAAGGCCUUCAAUGGCGGCAAGAACAAUAAGGAGAAUGCAUUGCACACCCAGAUCGAAGACCUCCUCACUGCAUUGACCGAAUUGCAACGAAACCAUGCAUCGCUCGCAAACGAACUCCAAAAGGAACGGGAACAGCGCGAGGACGAUAAGCAAGCUGUCCGGUCGCUACUCGACGGGCUGCGCAAGAAGGCCAGCAACGACUCUGUUGGUACCGAUGCGAGCGUCGAUACUCUCAAGGCGAUCGAUGACCCCGCAAAUGAGGCACGCGAGGGAGGCGAGGGAGAUGUGUCCACUGCCAAGACAGGCGAGCAAGAUACCCCAUCACCAGGUGAUCUGUCACAACUCCUCGAUAAUGUCGAAGAACGAUUCGGGCGCCAUGGCAGCGGCAGCGUCGAACGCAGGAUGUCCAGAGGCGAAUCCAAAUCGGAAAUGCAACAGGAAUUGCAGCAGCUCAAGGACCAACUCGCCAGCGCGGUAUCACAAUCGCAGGACUACAACCGAAAAAUGCACGACCUAGAACAAGAAAUUACAACGCUCAAGGAUCAAGUGCGGGAAUCUCACUCGCAUACACGCAUCUUGCACCAGGACAAACAGCGACUGGAGAAGCAAAUACACACGAUGAGAGCGCGGGCAUCUGCCGCCGGUGCGGAGAGUAAUACUCAGCCCGAUGGUGAUUCGCCUGUGAGGAAGAGUUCCGCAAGUGGUGCGAGCGGCUUGCGAGAGUUGAAACUUGGUAGGAGCAAGUCAACUCCGUCUCAGGCCGGAUCGAUAUUCAGCAAGCGUUCCUCAUCAAUGCCGAAGCCUCACGACUCGACGCCACCAUUGGCUAUACAGGCGCCGCCUCCUGUACCGGCUCCGCCACCGACAGAUGACCAGCACGAGGCGUUACUGUUGGAGCUCGUGCAGGCCAAGACCUCCGAAGCCAUCGCCAGGCAAGAGGCUGAAGAGACGAAACAGAAGCUUGAGAGCUUAAGAAAAGCAUACAGCCUCGUGACCGGAGAGGCAUCACAAUCACAACCUGCGGCAACGGCGGCAGGAACGGCGGCCUCAGCCGCCAUGGGUGUCUUUGGUCGUCUUACGGGAGCAGCGGUAGAGCCCGCCAAACCUGCCACGCCGACGCCCGCCCCAGCAGCAGCAGCAGCAGCUCCCACGCCCGCGGUCGGAGGCUUCUGGGGCUGGAGGAGAUAA